UAUACAAACCCCUUAUGAAUUCCAAAUAAUGGCCCAUUAACCUUUACCAACACAUCUCUACCAUAUUUAAAUAGGAAAAUUUUUUUUUUUAAAAAGAGCCAAAAUCCGAGCUGUCUCUGCCCAGCUUGCCCUCUGUGGUCAAAGCCAAGUAAAACCCUCAAAAAUCUUAACAUCGCCUUCAAUCUUUCUUGCCAUUUUAUCGAUCUUAGCUUCAUUUUUUCAAUCAGUUGAUUCCAAAUCUUCCAUUUUUCUUUAAUUUCUGAAGUGGGGUUUUCGGAUUGUGGGGUUUUUAUUGGUCAGAUCUCUGGUUUUUCCAUGUUUUUUUGUUUGCUUGCUUUGUCCCAGGGAUGGUUUCAAGAAUUGCUGUUGUGUUGCUGAUUGGUUUUUUGGGGAUGUUUUAUCAGACCAAACAACUUCCUCCUUCACAAAUUGAUGGAUCUUCUUCAUCUUCUCAGAAUCUUCCUGUUUCUUCUCAGAGAAUCAAACUCAGUGAUGGAAGAUAUCUUGCUUAUAUAGAGAAGGGUGUUUCUAAAGACAAAGCUAACUUCAAAAUCAUUGUCUCCCAUGGCUUUGGAAGCUCCAAAGACAUGACUAUUUUAGCUUCUCAAGAGGCGAUUUUUGAGUUGGGGAUUUACUUUUUACUCUACGAUCGCCCUGGAUAUGGUGAAAGUGAUCCAAAUCCCAAUAGCUCAGUUGAGAAUGAAGCAUAUGACAUUCAAGAAUUGGCUGAUCAAUUGCAAAUUGGAUCUAAGUUUUAUCUUAUCGGUGUCUCGAUGGGAUCGUAUUCGGCUUGGAGUUGCCUCAAAUACAUACCAGAAAGGUUAGCAGGCACAGCUCUUAUAGUCCCUUUAGUGAAUUAUCAGUGGCCUUCACUUCCAUUUAGCCUCAUAAAAGAGGAUUACAGGAGAAAGCUUUUGAAAUUAGGAUUAUGGCUUUCAACCUAUACCCCUGGGCUUUUACAUUGGUGGGUGAGUCAGAAUUGGAUUCCUUCAACUUCUGUGCUCGAAAAGAAUCCGAUAUUCUUCAACGAACGAGAUAUCGACAUCUUAAAGGCGAUUCCCGGCUUCCCAAUGCUAUCCAAGAGGAUGUUAAAGGAGCAACGCAUUUUCAACACGCUUCGAAAUGAUUUCAUGCUUGCGUUUGGCGAAUGGGAAUUCGAUCCACUUAAACUUAGUAACCCAUAUGCUCGAAACGAAAGUUCGGUUCAUAUUUGGCAAGGUUGUGAAGACAAAGUUGUGCCAGUGGAACUCCAAAGAUAUGUUUCAGGGCAGCUUCCAUGGAUUGAGUACCAUGAAGUUACUGAUGGAGGGCAUUUGAUUAUUCAUUAUAAAGGUUUAUUUGACACCAUUUUAAGGGCACUUUUACUUGGAGAAGAAGCAGUUUCUUAUAGACCAAGACCUCUUACAACAAAAUCUGUGUCUAGCUGAUUCUUUGACAGAGACAGAAAUUUAUAACAUUGGAUUUGUGAAGUUUGAAUGGAUGAAAGAUCUUUGAUUCUGCAGGAAACAGAGGAUUCUUCUAGAAUUUAGUUUUCACAGGAAGGGAAAAAAGGGUGUUGAAAUGAAAUGAAUUUGGUUUGCAGAGUUUUAGUUUGUGGGAGAAAACAAAACUUUCUUGUCUAAUCAUUGUUCUUAGGAUUGUUUGUUUCAAUAUGCCUUGACAUUGUUUUUGUGAAUACAAGAAUACUAUUGUUUUCACUAA